GUGGGAGGAGGUGGAGGAGAUGGAGGAGUGGGAGGAGGAGGAGGUGGAGGAGUAGGAGUGGGAGGAGGUGGAGGAGGAGUGGGAGGAGGCGGUGGAGUAGGAGGAGGUGGAGGAUCUCUGCCACCUGGAAACGCCGUGGGGCAACAAGUAUCUAACUGCGGCUCAGUUUGCGGUGCGGCGCCUCCGUGGGCCGGCCUGACGCGUAUCGUGGGCGGGGCGGAGGCGCAGAGGGGAGAGUACCCGUGGAUGGUUGGUGUGUUCGUGCGGAGGGGCGGCAACAGGAAUUACCAGCUGUGUGGCGGGUCCCUUCUCACCACCACGCACGUCCUUACCGCUGCUCAUUGCGUCAAGGAGCAGGGGCUGUCCGUGUCGGUGGGGGUCGGAAUGCACGACUUAAGAGACAAUACUAAGGAGAUCGUUCCAGUCAGAAGCUAUAAACAACACCCACAUUACGACUCCGGUGGCCACCUAAACGAUGUGGCAAUCCUGACGCUGGAGAGAGCGGUGACGUGGCGGCCUGGCGUGGGACCGAUUUGUCUUGCCCCCGAUAAGAACUACGAGGGAAACAUGGCGGUGGUGACUGGCUGGGGAACAUUGACCUACCAGGGAAAGACCCCCAACGCCCUUCACGAGGUGGCGGUAGAGAUCAAGACACAAGAUUCCUGCAGCCAGUCUUACCACCACACCACCAGCCUUCAGAUUAAGGAGUCCCAUGUGUGUGCCGGAUCAAAGGGGAAGGACUCGUGUCAGGGGGAUUCCGGGGGCCCUCUCGUAGUCCUAGAGGGGCAGAUGGUACCAGCUGGGUGUGGUGAGCUACGGGAUUCGCUGCGCUGACCCCAAAUACCCCGGGGUGUACUCAAAGAUCUCUCACUUCGCCUCGUGGAUCCAGGGGGAGGUCAGGGGGUACUGCUAAUGGCCCCCUGUGUGUCUUUACUUAAGUCAGGUUAGGUUAAGUUAAGUUAGUUUAUUCAUUUAUUUAUUUUUACUUUUUUAUUUUACCCAUUUUACAAAACUAACAAAAAAAUAAAAAAAUAAAAAACUGUU